CGUUGUUUUCCUGCCUCGCCAUCACGCCUGUUGAGUCCUAGACAACCAAUUGGACCAUGGAGUAGGAGGAGACCUGGCAGGCCAAUCGCCCCAGCCACAGGGCCGGGGGUGGUGUGGCCAUAUCCUGUCCCGCCCCUGCUCCGUGGCUGGGGCUCUCCUCGCUGGCGCCUCGGGCGGGACCUGCAGAUAUGAGCACCACCUGGGGGAACCCCGGAUGGGUGCGGCUGGCGCUCUGCCUGGCAGGCUUAGUGCUCUCUCUCUACGCGCUGCACGUGAAAGCGGCGCGCGCCCGGGACCGAGAUUACCGCGCGCUCUGCGAUGUGGGCACAGCCAUCAGCUGUUCGCGCGUCUUCUCCUCCAGGUGGGGCCGGGGCUUUGGGCUGGUAGAGCACGUGCUGGGACAGGACAGCGUCCUCAAUCAAUCCAACAGCAUAUACGGUUGCCUCUUCUACACACUACAGCUGUUGUUAGGUUGCCUACGAGGACGCUGGGCCUCUAUCCUGCUGGUGUUGAGUUCCUUGGUGUCUCUGGCUGGUUCUGUCUACCUGGCCUGGAUCCUGUUCUUCGUGCUCUAUGAUUUCUGCAUCGUUUGCAUCACCACCUAUGCCAUCAAUGUGGGCCUGAUGUUGCUAAGUUUCCGGGCAUUCCAAAAACCCCAGGACAAGGUUAAGGGGCACUGAGCCCUCAGCCCAAGCCAGGCUGACCUUGUCUGCUUUGCUUUGGCAUGUAAACCUUGCCCAAGGGAGACAUAUCUGGGUCCCUAGAAGGCCUUCUAGAUACGCCCCCCUGCCCUCCCCAUUGCUAUACUCAAACACAAGACAAUGGAUCAAGUGUGCCACACUCUCACCCUUUUUUCCACCCAGUGCCUCUGGUUCUGUCCUCAAGGGCUGGUUUCCAAAGCAGCUGCCAUUGCUCGGGGAGGGAAAGUUCUGAGCAAUAAAAUUUCUUAAAUAAAUU